AUGCUGCCAUAUCUUCUUUCUUCUGCUACCCUAACACUUUGCCUCCUCUUUUCAUUUGCAGAUGCUAGCUGCAGUGCAAGUGACCAAAUUUCUAUAGACUGUGGGUCAACUGCAACCUCAAUCGAGCUUGAUGGCAGAGAAUGGUUAGGGGACCAUGGAUGCCCCAGAUCUUCAUUCUUAUCUAUCAAAGGGCAAUCCGCUGUAUCAGCAAGCGCCACUGGAGAGUUAUGGCAGAAUAUUGAUUCUGUCCCCUACAGGUCUGCAAGAAUCUCUGUCUCCCAGUUCUCAUACUAUUUCCAACUCAAUCCAGGUCAGAAAUUCAUCCGUCUUCACUUCAACCCGAGUUCAUACUAUGGCGACAAGAGAUUCAAGGACUUGUUUACUGUUGAAGCUGGUCCGUUCAUACUUCUCAGAAACUAUAGUCCUUCAAUGACUGCUCAUGCUCUUGGCCAAGAUACUUUUGCCAAGGAAUUCUGUAUUACCAUACAGGAAAAUCAACCCCUCAGUAUAGUGUUUACGCCUGCAGCUGCAACUAGUCCAUCGCGAGAUAAGUUCUAUGCUUUCAUCAAUGGCAUAGAAAUUCUCUCCGUACCUUCUGCUUAUCAAUGGCAGAAAUCUAUUGUUUAUAUUGACAACACUACUGGACUUGAAUUGGUUCACCAGCAUAGCAUUCGAAGGGAUUUUGAUGAUGUUCGAGGCAUGUUUGGGAUGUGGGCAACUAUUCAUAAAGAAAAAGAAAAUGAGAAAAAUAUUACGUGGAAUGUAACAGUGGAUGUGGGGUUCAGCUACUUGGUGAGGUUUCAUUUCUGUGAGCUUGGAAUGAAAUUAGCUGAGGCCCUAAGAAAGGACAUUAUACUUGGAAUCAAUCAUGAGAUUUUCAUCACUGGCGCUGACAUACUCGAUGACAGGGAAGAUAAAGGCAUACCAUUGUAUAAGAACUAUAUGGUGACGGUCAAAGGGAACAAGCCAGAGGUUAACCGCAAUAUCUUGAUAUCCCUGCAUUCUAAGGAUGUGAUAGCCUGGGGUGGAAGUGGCAUACUUGAAGGAUUUGAAAUCUUCAAGUUGAGCAACGAAGCCAAUAGUCUUGCUGGUCCAGCUUCAAAUUCAUGGCCUCCAACACAAGAGUCACCAUCCUGGACUUUCCAAAGUUUAUUCUCAUUCCUGGGAUACAGAAACUCAGUUGCAACUGCUGCCAUUGUCCUGAUUUGUCUGCUAAACAUCAUCACCAACAAGCUGCUACGAACUUGGGAAUUUAAUAGUUGUGAAGAGGAAAACAGGUUACCAAUCAAGGGUAAACAACCCUUGUGUCGCUUUUCACUACGUGAGAUCCUGUCUGCCACAGAUUAUUUCUAUGAAGGAUUUGUCAUUGGAAAGGGAGGAUUUGGUAUAGUCUACAAAGGAUUCAUAGAUGAUAGGAAACAGAGUGUGGCUAUCAAGCGCUUAAAAGCAGACUCCAGCCAAGGAAAGCAUGAGUUUUGGACAGAAGUCGAAACUCUUUCUGUACUUCAACAUGUUAAUCUUGUCUCGCUGAUUGGCUACUGCAAUGAGCUAAGGGAAAUGAUUCUGGUUUAUGAGUACCUGCCCUCUGGAACAUUGGCUGAUCAUCUCUACAAAUUUGGUAGGAAAAACAAAAUUUGUUUUCCUCUCUCUUGGAAACAGCGGCUUAAGAUCUGUAUUGGAGUAGGCCGAGGACUGGACUAUCUUCACACAGGUCAUGGGAUCAUACAUCGGGAUAUAAAGACUUCAAACAUCCUGCUGGAUGAAAAUUUUGUUCCUAAGGUUUCAGAUUUUGGUUUAGCGAAGAUUGAAAGUCAAGGGGAGUUGCAAAGACAAGCAAGCAUAAAAGGCACAAUUGGAUACUUAGAUCCUGAUUAUUUAAAAACUUGUGCACUAACAAUGAAAAGUGACACAUAUUCUUUCGGUGUUCUGUUAUUGGAAGUAUUGUGUGGGAAACCAGCUGUGGAUAAUGGCGCUGAUGAAGAUAAGAGAAUUCUGACCAUGUGGGCUCAAGAUUACAUCAGCAAGGGAGAAUUUCAUGAGAUUAUAGAUCCAUAUCUCACCGAGGAAAUUUCACAUGAUAGCCUGACAACAUUUGUUAGGGUUGCAGAAAGAUGCUUGCAUGACGAACCAAAAAAAAGGCCAGCAAUAGCACAUGUGAUAAUUAACCUGGAGUUUGCACUCGAGCAGCAAGAGAAUGGAAAGACUUUGUCAUUGAAUGGCUUAGUCUGUGUUCCCAAUGCGUUUCCGUGUACUCAAAAAGCUCAGCAGGAUGAUGCAAAUGCUUUGUUACAAAAUGUUAGAGAUAGUGUUGCUGAUGAUAAAGCUCAACAGGGCGAUGCAAAUUCUAUGUUACCAAAUGAAAUAGCAAGUGUUGCUGAUGAUGUAGUUCAGCAGGACAACAGAGAUUAUUUAGAACCAGACAAGAUAGCGGGUACUGCUGAUGCAUUGCCUUGUACUGAUCAAAUUCAGAAGGAAAGCCCGAAGCCUUUGCUACAUAACAUGAUUACUAAUAUGUUGACUUGCAAUGAUAAAACCAUCGUCUUAUCAAGGAGCACAGAGCACAGUACAUAUCUUGCAAAAGAACAUCUUAGCAGCAAAGUGAUUAGUGCUGGGAAAAAGGAUGGGAGGAAGACCAUAACUAAUAAUCUAUUACGAAUGUGGCCAUGGUAUGCAUUACGUAACACUGCUAAGCAGUCCAAGGAUACAGGCAGCAUCUCAAAUCCAGUACCAACUUUGCAUGGGAUGAGUACCAUGGCCUUGAAAGGCAGUGCUUCCUUUAGAAACAGAAUCAAUAGAGCAGAUUAUGAUUUUAGGAAUGCAAGAAUACCUACCUUACAUGUCUUCGCCUUUUCUGAACUGAAGACAAUCACAAAACAUUUUAGUAAUGUUAUAGGAGAAGGUGGAUUUGGGACAGUUCACCGAGGAUGUUUUGAUAAGAAAUGUGGUGGUGGUAAAGGUAACUGUGGGUCUUGUGUUGCUGUUAAGAGAAUGAAGGAUAAUGCCUAUCAAGGAAUUAAUGAAUGGCAGAAUGAGGUGGAGUUCCUUGGACUGUUUUCUCACCCUAAUCUGGUUGAGCUGUUGGGCUACUGUCAGAAGGAAGAGGAGCGAUAUCUCGUGUAUGAAUACAUGCCUAGAAGCAGCUUAGAUUUGCACCUUUACAAAAGUAAUGGAGGGACUUGUGUCGAGCCACUUGGAUGGAAUGAUCGGAUUAAGAUAUUGUUUGACGUGGCUUGUGCUCUUGCAUAUUUACAUGAAUCAGGCAACAAUGUUAUUCACAGAAACGUAAAGAGUGCAACCAUAUUGCUUGAUCAGUCAAACCAUGCUAAGCUUUCGGGUUUUGGUUUCGCAAAAUGGGGUCCGGUGGAUGAUUUCAGCCAUGUAUCAACGAGGGUCAUGGGGACGAAUUGCUAUGCUGCUCCCGACUACGUUUCAACAGGAUUCAUCAUCCAGCUCUUCAUUCAACAGCACCAGAAGCAUGUACUUGGAAAAAUGGAUUAGCCCGCUAUGGCCCGAAGGGACAACAAUAUCUUGUUGAGUGGAUCGGGCCGCUCUUACCUAUGGAGAGAAGGGUGAAGAAGUAUAUGGAUCCAAAGCUGAAUGGAUCAUAUCCUACCAAAAGUGCAUUUAAAA